UCAAAUGUAGAUCUUUUCAAUGUAAAAAAAAUUGUCAGUUCGAUUAACAAAUAUUUAUAUGUAUAAAUAAUGAAUAUAUAUUGUUUCUUAGUCAUAUUGUACAAAGAAAUUAUUAUUUAUCCUAUUAAAAUAUGAAUACAACUUUCAUAAAUCUUCCGGAAAUGCGCAUGCCAUGACGUUUGAGUGACAAGUGGCGGGCAUUUUUAAAAAGAUGCACCUUGUUUGAUCAAUACCCGAACGUCGAAGUAAACCAACAUAAAAUGUUAAUCCUGGGCAAUUAUGAAUUAAAUAAACUCGACCACGUCCAGCAGAUAUUAGAUAAAAAUGUUAGAACUAUAGCUCAAAAGUGCGGAAGGAGUAUUGAGCAAUUUGAGAGUGAAAUUUUACAUUUCUAUGAGGGUAGCGAAACUACCAGGGAAAUUGAAAUUGGUCAUGCGGCUAACGCUAUUCGGCACGUGGUCUCAGCUUUAAAAUCAAAAAUUGACCUUUUAAAGCACAAAAAAAUUACUCAAAUUACUGAUUUCUCGGCGUUUAAACAUGAAAUGGUACAAAUCCAAGAAAACAUUUUCGAAAUAAAAAAAUCAAAUAAGUCUGCACUAAGCCAACUGAAGGCUAUAGAAACCGAAUUAGAAGACGAACUAAACUUAUAUUACAACGCCAAGUUGCCUGAGUGGAAUCAGGAAAUCAGCUUCUGUAAUUUUGAGUUUGUUCCGUCAAAAGUGAAGGCCAGUACUGGAGCACAAAGUAAAGAAGUUAAGCAAUUCUUUGAUUUCGUGCAUCAAUCUGGUGGCCACGAAAAUGGCUGGAGAAAGGAAGAUCAUCAGUUAUUUUUAAAAUUAAGAGGCAAAUGUAAGAGAGUGGAUGAGGUGGCAACUCAGAUACAUGAAACUUUACCAGAUAUCUCAAUUGAGGAAGUGAAGUCCCAUGAAGAAUGGUACAAAAAAUACCUAAACUUACAAACCAAAAAGAAAGCAGCUAUUAACAAAUGGAAACAGAGCAAAACUAUCGAAAAACUUACCAAUAAUGUUAUAGUCAAUGAGACUGAACGUGGUGGCAAAAAAGUGGUGCAAGAAGAAAACUUAAAGGAUAAAUUGUUGCAGUGGAAGAUGGAAAGAGAGGAAAAACUACUAACAGAACAAGAAAUGGAAAAACAAAAAAUCCUGUGCCAAAUCGAAAACGAGAGACUGAAGAGACAAAAACAAAUCGAACGCAAAAAAAUCGUCAACGAAUGGAGGGAAGCCAAGAAAACGUUUGAACAGACCAAAAGGCAACAGCAAAGAAUAUACGAGGACAUUGAGAAACGCAGAAGGGCCACGAACGCCAACAAACUCAUUAAGGAAUUUCAAACGAUGGACGAAUUAUACAUCUUGAAAAUGCGACAGAUUCAUAAAAAAAUCACCGAUGAACCCAAGAAACGAAUUCAGUCGGGGCCUCCUGUAUUUAGAGAUCCUAAAAGGGUAUUAAAGCCCACCAUACAGUGGGCCCAUAGAGUUCAAGCUGCUAGGGAACCGUUAUGUGGACCUUUACCCAUUUUUGCCACACCAAAAUUGGCUAUCCCGGAAUGGAGGAAAAGCAUCAAUUAAGCCCUUAAAAAACCAGAAAUAGAAUUAAAACUAUGAUAAUUCCCACUUAAAUAUUUAUAUAUUAUAUAUUUUUUUGAAAUCCAAUUUACACACAUAUAUCACAAAGUAGGUUUAGGACUAAGUAAAGUUUAUAUAAAAAAAUUUAAUAAUAAAACCUUAUUUGCUUUAA